UGCUAUGCAAAGCAACGCAAACCAACGCAACGCAAGGGCAACACAAGGGCAACGGAACGAUCCGAAGGAAGGGCAACGCAGGACAGGGCAGGGAAGAGGAUAGCAGAGCAGAGGUAGAGUAGAAGGGGACCAAAGCCGUGUGGUGGGUUGCUGCUGCAAGGGGAUCUCAUGAGCUAAGCCCUGUGAACGCCACUUCUGCACAGCCAAAACACUCCGACAAAGCAGGUUGGUGGCGCAUUGCUACGGUGCCGAGCUUAACGGUGCAUUGGUUUUCUUAAUGGUUCCGAGGUCGUGGAUUUGACUGGGCGACGGGCGUACUCUAGCUGAAGAUGUUUUAGGGUUUUUCCUUUGGAGGAGGUGGAGGAGGAGGAGGUGGUUGUGGCAGCGGGCAAGAUGAAUAGCGACUUGGACCUGCUGCAGCCGCCAAUGGCAGAGGCUGCAACCCAAUUUCUUGUGGACAAGCUUGCGGAUGCAAUUCGUGCCUGCAACGAGGUUAUUGUGGAGCUUGACAACUUUCAGAACUUUGCAGACCUCUUAGAUAGUAUUAAGCAGGUGUUCAUAGACUUGGAAGACGGUGGCGACAUAUUUCAGUUGGAGGCACCAAUGCGAGAAUUAGAGCAAGAAUUGGACGAAGCACUGGGGCUCAUCGUCCUCUGCACUGUGAGGAGCCGGAUUUAUCUCCUUUUCCAUUGCCGUGUGAUCUCGAAGCAGCUGGAAGAUGUCACCCAUAGAAUGGGACAUAUCCUCGCAUCCAUACCGUCCUCCUCUCUGCGUGGUGACGACCAACAGAAGUCCGUUGUGGAUGACCUGGCCCUGGAAAUGAAAUCUGCUCUCUUUCCUUAUAAAGAUAACGAGGCCAAGCUAUGCCAGACCUUGGAGCCAGAGAAUAGGAACAUACUAAGUGAUGUGGGUGUGCAGCAGGCCAUUCUCAUGGACAUUGCUCGCACUGUGGGGAUCGAGGAUUUGUCGAGAAACCCAACAGCGUUCAGAAUUGAGCUGGAUCUGUUGAGGAGAGACGUGGAGGACUCGAAAAAUACGAACGAUAUGCGGUUGUUUGGUGUGGUCAGUGACUUGUUCAACAAAUGGCUGCAAUUGAAUGAGCAACCAAGUCAAUCGGAAGAGGCACUUGCUGUGCACCCAUGUCACAAACGCCUUGAGCCGCUGUAUGAGGCGUUUGUGUGCCCCUUGACGAAGCAAGUGAUGCAGGAUCCUGUGACUCUAGAGAAUGGGCAAACUUAUGAACGAGCGGCGAUUGAGCGCUGGUUCCAGGAAUGCAAGGAAAACGGUCGGCCGAUACUGUGUCCCAUGACGGGGCAGGAAGUGAGCACGACGGUGAAGCCUAGCUUGGCUUUAUGGCACACGAUCGAGGAGUGGACUCAGAGGAAUGAGCAGGCUCGCAUGGAGAUUGUGAAGCAGAUUAUCACGUCCGGCAAGGCUGAUGCUGAUAUCGCGUUUGCGCUCUCGGACCUGCAGAUUCUGUGUCGGAAAAAUCGAUUAAACAAGCAUAGAGCACGUACCGAAGGGUUGAUACCGUUGAUUGUCGAUCUUCUGAAGAAUAGUGAGGAAGUGCGAUGUCUCGCCUUGAGCAGCCUUCGCCUACUUGCAGAGAACGACGAUGACAUAAAGGAAGAGAUUGGUGCCACGGAUCUUAAACGCGUGGUGAAGUGCUUGUCACGUGAACAUACGAAAGAGCGUGAGGGGGCUGUGUACCUGCUAUAUGAACUAUCAAAAUCAUACUCACUUUGCAAUAAAAUUGGAGAAACAAAUGGUGCUAUUUUGAUAUUGGUAGGAAUACUUAGCAGCAAUUCUGAGGAUGUGGCUGUAGUUGACCAUGCCGAGAAGGCGCUGGCCAAUCUGGAGCGGUGUGAUAACAAUGUGAAGCAGAUGGCUGAGAAUGGACGCCUUCAGCCACUCCUUAAACGACUUGUGGAAGGACCGGAAGAGGUUCGCAUUGAAAUGGCGGAAGAUCUGUCCAUUGUACCUUUAACUUCUGAAGACAAGAGCCGAGCUGCUCAGAGAGCAGCUUUUGCACUUGUGGAGAUGCUUGGCAGUCACAACUCUGUGGCUCGUGCAACAGCGCUGAAAGCCCUGCGUAGUUUGUCUACUCUUCCGAGUAAUGGAAAUCUUCUGAUCGAAGCUGGUGUAUUGUCACCUUUGAUGCGAGAUCUAUUUAUUGUUGGCCCUAACCAAGUACCUACUAAGCAAAAGGAGAUUUCGGCGGGUGUCUUGGCCAAUGUGGUUGGUUCUGGUGCAAAUUGGGAGACUGUUUCUGUGGAUAAGGAAGGAAAUUUUCUGGCUUCAGAGAAGAUCGUGCAUAAUUUCUUACACUUAGUCAGUAAUACUGGUCCAGGCAUUGGGGCAAAGGUUCUGCAGGUGCUAGUUGGACUGGCUUCUUCAAAUAAAUCUGUUACCAGGUUAGUCCAACACAUAAGGAGCGCAGGUGCGACUGUAAGCCUCAUUCAGUUUUUAGAAGCGCCGCAAGCUGAUUUGCGAGUGACAGCAGUGAAGCUAUUGAUGCUCCUUUCUUCACACAUGGAUCAAGAGCUUGCAGAUGGUCUUCGUGUCACGACUCGUCAGCUAGGGACCUUGAUAAAGCUCCUAGACUCAGAUCAACCUAUGGAGGAGCAAGCAGUGGCUGCGGGUCUGCUCGCAAACUUGCCCAUGAGAGACUAUCACCUCACUCGGGCCAUGCUAGAUGAGGGUGCUCCCGCCUUGCUGCUCAAACGCUUAGACGAUCUCAAGAGGGGGGUUGUCCGUCCAAGCGACAGGAGACACAUAACUCCCUUUAAAACGGGCAUGGUUGGGAUAUUAGUUCGCUUUACCUGUGCUCUCGACGACCAAAGGAUCCUAAACUUAGCUAGUACGUACAACUUUACUGAGCUUUUCACAUCACUUUUGCAAAGUGGGGGAUCGGACGAACUUCAGAACUCAGCAGCGAAGGCACUGGAAAAUCUGUCCGAGAAGACACCGCAACUUUCUAGUGUUCCAGACCCUCCCAAACCAAGAGGAAUUUAUCGACUCGCUUGCUUCAAGCAGCCUACUCCCUUGAUUGGUCUUUGCCCUGUACACUCGGGGGUGUGCACAUCUAAAGAGACAUUUUGCCUGUUGCACGCCAAAGCCCUUCUGCCUUUGGUGUCCUGCUUAGAUCACAGGAAUCCUAGCAUUGUGGAAGCAGCCAUUGGGGCCUUGUCGACGUUGCUGAUGGACACUGUUGAUAUGGAAAGAGGAUCACAGGAGCUACAAAAUGCAGGAGGUAUACAACCAAUUUUGGUGAUCAUGCAAGAGCAUCGAACUGAAGUGCUGCGCCAACGGGCAGUGUGGAUGGUGGAGCGAAUUCUUCGCAACGGUGACUUGGCGCGUCAAAUUUCUGGUGAUCCACAUGUUCAUACUGCUCUUGUUGAUGCAUUCAGGUACGGCAAUAAUCAAGCCAAGCAGCUGGCCGAGAAGGCAUUGAAGCACUUAAACAAGAUUCCGAAUUUUUCUGGCGUGUUUCAAAAAGUGUAAAGUUAGUGCCUCUUCAUCCAAAGAGUCCCACCUGGCUCGUGUAUACAAGGGUUGUCCCAUUCAAUGAAAACGACAAUUUUUUUCCGUAGUAUAUUUAGCGGGUCACGGGAGAAUCGCUGUGUAAAUCAGACAAGGAGUUUAGUAUCUAUGUAGCUUUCGUAACUGGAAACCUCUUGGGUUUAUUAUUCAGUGCAUGCUCUGACUGUGCAAGAUUUAGCACUGCAUUUGCCUCUGAGGUCCAGUGUUAUCCACUAAUCUUUGUCGUAGAUUUAGUGGUUCAGGGGUUUCAAGCAGUAUCAGUUUUCCCCCUCUUUCAACUUCUUUUUGAGAGAGGCCAUUUAUGUCCUUCCUGGCCGACUUACAACAGUAAGUGUAGAAGUAUAAUUUGGAGCUUACAGUGCUCCAUUUCUUAAUGAAAUGUAUCUUGUUUCAGUGUAUUCAGUAUUACGAAUCAUCGCCGAGUGGAGGCUUUUGCCGUAAAGA